AUGUUAAAUUAUCCGCGUUGUAGAGCAGGGCAAACCAUUGCUUCCUCCUCUGCCCUGGCCUUGAGAUCCGAGCGCGAUAUCACAGCAGGAACUUGCCUGCUCAUUCCUCCUAGCUCAAGGAUAGCCAAAAAAUAUAUCCUCGUCCGAGACGAUGGAAGGGUUCCGAACUUGCAUAACUUACUCCCCGCAAUUCCGCGAAAAAUUUGGGAUCGAGAAAACAAGCUCUUCUUCCGAUGUCUCAUUCAAUUCCUUGUUUCACAACCACUACAGGAUAAAAGUACUGGCGAGCUUUAUGAGACAGACACGUACGUACAUGUAAUGUACAUGCAUACAUUUUAUAUUGGCAGAACCCCUCAGAUGAGGGUGAUGCAAGGACGGCUACCCCGCAUCGAUGACGCUCAGCGUCGUCGUCUAUCAAUGGACAAUACCACAGAUUCAAAUAGGUGUGUUAAAUGCGGUUCCUACUCAUAG